AUGUACUAUACGCGGAUCGCGCAGCAUCUGCUGGUGGGCUCUCAGCCGCAGAGUCCGGACGACAUAGAGCGGCUGCAGCGCGAGGAGGAGGUGGCGGUGGUGCUGAACCUGCAGCAGGACCACGACAUCGCGUACUGGGGCGUCGACAUCCACCGCAUCACGCACCACUGCCGCCAGCUGGGGCUCAGGCACUACCGCCGACCCGCGGUGGACUUCGACCCUCACUCGCUGAGGCACCAGCUGCCAGGAAUGGUGGCGGUGAUAGAGCACCAUGUGUCCGGGGGACGCACUGUGCUCGUGCACUGCACUGCUGGCCUCGGCCGCGCGCCUGCUGCUGCCAUCGCCUUCCUCUUCUGGUUCCGUGACAUGGACGUGAGUCGCUCUGCUGCUGUAUUGACUCACUCUGACUGCCCUACACUGUUCAACUUCCCUUUGUACACUCUUCAGUUCAAGUUUGUCAAGGCUUGA